AACAUGGCGGUGAAGUGUUGGUGGUAGAGGAGGGUUGUGAAGUUUAAUGAAGCAUCUAAAAACAGAACUACCUCAUUCAGAAUUUUAACUCGUUACGCUACAGGUUUCACCUUAUUCAUGUAUAUUUCUAGUCAUCAGAAGUCCUUCUCCCUACUCCUAAUUUCAAAUGUAGGCAACAUCAAAAUAAUGCAUAUUAUCUACCCUCAUUUUGAAGAGAUGCAACUUGAUUCUGUGAAAUGAGUGUAAAAAUAUUAACUGAUGCUUGGUGAUUUCAUAUUUCAAAAAUAACAGUAGUAUCUGGAACAGAAGUGUUAAUGUUUCCCAGCAAGCACUUUUUGUAUCUUUUUAACUAUCAAACCUCAGAGUAAUAAUUAUAUUUCCCUCAGAAAUUUUAAAGAAAUCUGUUAAAGUGGAGGAAUUUGGGGUAAAGGAAGACAAUCAGCCCAAUGUGGCGGAAGCUGGCACUUCUAUCAUUGAGGAAGUGCCGAGAAUUGCACCUGAGGCCUCACCACAAAGCUCUAAGCAGCGACAACGUUCUUCUCGUGAAACAAGUGCCUCCAGGCAUUUGAGGCGUAGACAAAGUAAUCGCUUGACACUCCUUUCAAUUGAAGAACGUCAAGAUGAAUCCUGUGCACUGGAAAGGGUUCAUCUGGCAGCUCACCUUCAGUGGGACAUCCAUGAUCCAGUCAGCAACCGGGACUGGAUCGCACUGUACAUCCUUGAUGAGACGGACUCGUCCAAGUCGCUGGCGAGUCUUGGGGCCGGCGUCCUGGGCUCGCAGUCGGGCGACACCAUGUGGCUGCUAGACCUGCCGCAGACGGCCCGCGCUCUCACCCAGCAAGAAUGCGCCAAGCUGCUCUGCUUCCGGUACUACAGCGGUCUCAACCUUAGCUGUCUGGCGCAGUCCGAGCCCCUGAGCCUCCCCCAGCAACAGCCGCAGCAGGUGUCCGAGCGGCAGGUGCCGCAGGUGCCGACGCCACAGGUGGUGCAGCCGCAGCUGCAGCGGGUGCGGAGCCGCGCCGCCAAGAGCUCGCACCGCGGCCACAGCACCGACAGCGACUCGGACGCGGCGGACGCAUCCUCCAAGCAGCGCAAGCAGAAGAGCUGGCGGCUGCACAAAAAGAAGGCGGCCAAGUCUUCCAAGGACACGCGGAAGAUCGUCAACGGCUUCGCCGAGCUCGACGUGAAUCGUGACGAUGAGGGCAGAGCCAGGGCGAGGCUUACCGCCGCACAGGCCGCCCCGGAGCAGCGGAUGGAGACCACGACCACGGGGACGACGACCGGGACCGGGGAGCAGAGCGUGGAGCUGCCGACCUGGAACUCCCACGAAACUGCCCAGCGCACCCUGGACCUGGGUCUGGACCCGCCCCCGGACGCUGCCAACCCCCUGGACGCCAACUACUACCCCAUCUGGCCGAGCAGUAGGCGCGAGGCCGCGGGAGCGCCGGCCGGCGGCGACGUGAACAGGCGCCUGUACGAGACGCUGUACCCCACCCCCGACGAGGACCAGCCGCCGCCGCCCCUGCCCCCGCGCGCCCACCGCGCGCACCACCAGCACCGCCCGCUGGAGCGGACGCGCGCCGUGCGCCUCUCGGCCGCCGCGCCCGCGCCCCCAGUGCCCCCCGUGCCUUCCGCGCCGAGGCACAAGGUGCCCGCCGUGCCCCCAAGGCCGCGGAAGCCCGCCCCCGCCGACCCCGCGGCCCCGGCCUGCGUGUGCGAGGCGGCCCCCCUGGCCACCCCCGAGGGUGGCUCGUCCUUCGAGACCCUGUUGGACGACACCCCCCACGUGUGCCACGGAGUCAUGGACACCCACGGCGAGGACGCCGACGACGCAGUCGUCCCCGCCUCAUCGAGCACCGGCGCCGCCAGCUCCGUGGACGACAACAGCACCCCGCCCGUCUCGAGGAAGACCUCCGCCGACAACACUGCUACAUCCUCAUUCCUCACCAUCCCGGCGGAAUCCUCGACGCCGUCGUCGACACCCACCUCGGAUUCGGGCGUCGUGCCUGCCACAGCCAGCUCCAGCACGACGGCCUCCUCCGUCGGGCCCUCCAGCACCGAGUCGCUUGGCCGCGGCACCUCUCCUGACACCGAGGCGCAGCACCAGCCGGGUUGCUCGCGGCGCCCGGCCCGCGGCCUCAGGGAGGUCCCCGACGCACCGUACGCCGUGCUGCGCCGCCAGGUGAUGAGCCUGUCUGAGGAGGCGCCGCCCCCGCCCGCCCCCGCCGACGCGGUGCGGCCUCACAAGGUGCUGUCGCGGCAAGUGAGCCACCCGCCGGCCGCGCCCGCAGCACCCAUCACGGCGCAGCCCGCGCCUGCCAACGGCGCCUGCGCUGAGCCCAAGUACCUGUCACCAAGACUUCAUAGGCUGCUGAGCCGCGUGCACGGCCCCGCCGGUACGCUCAGCUCCGUGGGUGGCUUCCCCAUGGGCAGCUCGACCCCGCUGCCGCAGUGCCCGCCAACCCCGACCCACCACGCCAAGAACAGGGCCGGCGGCGACGCCGAGGCCAGCGGCAGCGGUGUCAGCUCCGGCGGCAGGGGGUCCAUGGUGACCUCCAGGAGCGCCAUGGGGAACCUUCACGACCCUCGGCCCAGCCCUCCCAGCCCAACCAGCCCUCCCAGCCCGCACAGCAACCAGGGCAGCCCCACCCAGGACCCGCCGUCCAGAGAGGCCUCCGUCGUGAACGGCGACGCCGGCGACUCGGACAACGUGUUCGAGGAGGUGACGCUGCCGUGCUCGCCGCACCACGUGCACCACCACGUGCACCAUCACCACCACCACCCGCCCGCGGCCGCCCCGCUCGCGCCGCCCCCGUUCGCGCCGCCCCCGGGCCCCGCCCCCCAGGGCGCCGCCCAGCCCAACGUGGCCCCGCUGCCGGUGCCCCUGCGACACGUCCCCGCGGCGCGCCUUCCCUCCAUCCCCGAGCGGCGCGCGCAGGCGGCGCAGGCCCAGCGCGUGGACGCGAGCAGCACGCAGCCCGAGCCCCUGCCAGCCUACUGGGAGGCUCGCAUUGACAGUCACGGCCGCAUCUUCUACAUCGACCACGUGACCCGCACCACGACGUGGACCCGGCCGGCCGCCAACGCCAGCCGGUCGCCGCGGCCCGUCAGCAACGAGCUGCAGCGGCAGCAGCUGGACCGCCGGUACCAGAGCAUUAGGCGGACCAUCACGUCGAGGCAGCUGGACGAGGAGGAGGGCGCGGUCGGCGGCGCCGUCAUGCUACCCGAGACCGUCCCCGUGCUGCCCGACUGCGUUCCCAGCAGCGGGAGCAGCAGCAGCAGCAGUCGCAGCAACAGCGGCGGCAGCGUCCCCAUGGUGCAGCCCCUGGCGCCGCUCAUGGCGCCGCCCGCGGUCCCAGCGCCGUCCAUGGCCCCCGUCUCCACGCCCGCGACUGCCCCACCCCCGUCGGCCGCGCCGGGGCCCGCCCCGCCGCCGCCGCCCGCGCCGUGCUCCAGCAACGGCAUCAUGCUGCAGAACGGCGCACCCCUGGGUCCUCUGGGGCCGUGGGGGGCCACCUCGAGCGGUGCGGCGGGCGGCAUGGCCCAGAGCGUGCACGGCAUGCAGGCAGUGGAUAGGGACACCCUCAACUUCACCCCGGGGGUGAAGUUCAUCUGCAGGGCCGACUUCUUCACUCUGCUGCACAUGAACCAGGAGGCGCUCGCCCUGUACAACAGGAACGGCUCACUGAAGCACAUGAUCUCGAAAAUUCGUAGAGACCCAACCUGGUUCGAGCGUUACCAACACAACAGGGAUCUGGUCCAACUAGUCAAUUUAUUUGCCGAUACAACAAGAGACCUUCCCAGAGGAUGGGAAACUAAAUUUGAUAGAUAUGGAAAGCAAUUCUUCAUUGACCACAAAACAAAAACUACAACAUUUAUGGACCCUCGUGUUCCCACUGAACUUCAUAAGUUUCUAUUAAUGGGAGCGAGAAGGAGAAGUCGAUCAGCUGGUGAAGAAGAGCUGAAUCGAGUGCGAGCACCAGUGCCGCCGCCCCGCCCCACCGCGGGACACGCCGCCGUGGCGCUCAACCGCCACGCCCAGCCGGCCGUCGUGGACAUCCCCACGGCCUACAACGAGAAGGUGGUGGCCUUCCUGCGCCAGCCCAACAUCAUGGACAUCCUGCGGGAGCGGCACUCGCUCGUCGGCUCCAGCCAGGCGCUGCGCGACAAGGUGAACGCCGUGCGGGUCGAGGGCACCCCGGCGCUGGACCGCAUGAGCGACGACAUCCACCUCACCAUCCUGCUCAGCCUGUUCGAGCAGGAGAUCAUGAGCUACGUGCCGGCCGUGCCCUCCAGCACGCGGUCGCCGCAGCUGUCCCCGCAGGCCAGCCCCGGUCUGUCCAGGGCGAACGCCCGCGCGCCCGCCCCCUACCGCAGGGACUUUGAGGCCAAACUGAGGAACUUCUACCGGAAGCUCGAGUCCAAGGGCUACGGCCAGGGUCCCGGCAAGCUCAAGUUACAUAUUAGGCGGGAACAUAUCCUGGAGGAUGCCUUCAGUAAAAUAAUGGCAGCUUCCAAGAAGGAUCUACAAAAGUGCAAAUUGUACAUAACAUUCGACCGAGAAGAAGGUUUAGACUAUGGUGGCCCGUCUCGGGAAUUUUUCUUCUUGCUGUCUAGAGAACUCUUUAACCCUUAUUACGGUCUGUUUGAAUACUCUGCAAAUGACACCUACACAGUUCAAGUGUCUCCAAUGUCUGCAUUUGUUGACAAUCAUCAUGAGUGGUUUAGAUUUAGUGGCCGUGUCUUAGGAUUGGCUUUAGUUCAUCAAUACUUGUUGGAUGCAUUCUUCACUCGGCCAUUCUACAAAGCUCUUCUUAGAUUACCUGUAAAUUUAAGUGACUUGGAGUCAUUAGACGCAGAGUUCCAUCAAAGUCUGCUGUGGAUUAAAGAAAAUGAUAUUUCUUCAGAAGUACUUGAUCUUACUUUUGCUGUGACAGAGGAAGUGUUUGGACAGGUUGUCGAACGUGAACUUAAACCCGGUGGAAGGAAUGUUACUGUCUGUGAAGCCAAUAAGAAGGAUUAUUUAGAGAGAGUUGUGCGCUGGAGGCUUGAGCGUGGUGUUUCUGAACAAAUAGACUCACUGGUGCGUGGUUUUUAUGAGGUGGUAGAUCCUCGGCUUGUAUCUGUAUUUGAUGCCCGUGAGCUGGAACUUGUUAUUGCUGGUACUGCAGAGAUAGAUUUAGCUGAUUGGCGUAAAAAUACUGAAUACAGAUCUGGUUACCAUGACAAUCACCCAGUUAUGCAGUGGUUCUGGUCUGCUAUUGAGCGUUUCAGCAAUGAACAACGCUUGAGAUUGCUCCAGUUUGUGACUGGCACAUCUAGUAUCCCAUAUGAAGGAUUUGCUGCUCUCCGUGGCUCAACAGGGCCAAGGAAGUUUUGUAUAGAGAAAUGGGGAAAGCCCAACAGCUUGCCAAGAGCUCAUACUUGCUUCAACCGUUUGGAUCUUCCACCAUACCCUACUCCAGAGAUCUUGUAUGAGAAACUCCUACUUGCUGUGGAAGAAACUAAUACUUUCGGCAUUGAAUAAAUUGAUUGGAGUAGUUAGUCAUACAAAUCAAGAAAAGUAUCCACUCGACCACAUUAAUGGAUACUUUGAUGCUGUGAAGAGAAGUAAUACCAAAAACACCCUCUGGCUGUGUUAACGAGAACUGUGACUGUGUUGUUCAUUGCUAAGAGUCUAUUCGCCAGUGGAGAACCCCUCAUAUUAAAGUACAGUAGCACAUCCUCAAGUAAAGUUCUCAAGUGUUGUGUAAUAGGAAUACAGUACUUGUUUAAAUCAAGUGCUAUUUUAAUAUGUACUUUCAUGUUGGAAUUUCCUUUGCUAUCAAACCACUAUUACUACAGUAAUUUUGAUAUUUGUUUUGUCUCAAUUGUCAUAAUGGUCAAAAGUUAACUUCCAUUGGACUUCUUUAUAUCUUGAAGCAUAUAACUUUGCUUAUGAGUAUGUGCAACAUUUAAUGAUUUUAAGCUCACCUUACACUACUACUUCUAACAUUAUUCAAAACUGAAUGUACUCAUUUAUACUGGCUAGUAGAAUAGGCACAAAUUUAUUUAUUUCCAGUCUAGUCACUCCCAUAUUACACAUGGAAGAAUGUUGGUGUAAAAUCAACAUCAUUGUGUAGGGAGCUAUUCAACCCACCAUUCUUAUUUAAUGCAACUCUGCACGUCACUUGCAUGGUCUGUCUUUUCAAUUAUUACCUAUCUGAAGCCACAGAUAUGAUGCUUUUGAGGUGGUGUCAGAGUUUAGUUUUCGCAUUUUAAUGCAACUCUUGGUAAUUCAAAUCAUUGCUGCUUGUGUUAUUCUUUACUUGGGUGUUCCUUUUCUGGAAAGCUGCAGGAUGAUGUGCAAAGUGUGCAUUUAGAGAUAAUGAAACUCUAUCUAUGUAUUUAUUCCAGUGUGUCAGACCAAAUAUUAUAUGCUCUUUUGGGGUUUCGCAAGAUAAUGAAGUAUAGUAUCUAAGUCAUACUCAUACUUAGCCAUUAGGUAGUACCCCCUUUGCGUGUGAAUUGUGAAAUAAGUCUUCACCUUAGUAAUAAGAAAAGGACUGCCUCUUAUUUAGAAAAAUUAUUAGUGUCAUAAGUAAAUUUAGUCUCAAGUUUAUGAAUUGAUGUGUACAAAAUCGGAAGUAAGUGAGCAACUUUCAAGGAACCUGGGCUUAUUCCCCUAAUUUGGAUUCAAUGGUCAGAACAGUUCUAUGUUCUGAAUCUUCUUUUUUCUUCCUCUAAACUGAGUGUUCCUGUGAUAAUAUGCGUAACAACGUUGCUACUCCAGAGUAUGCAUUUUCCUCAUGUCUAUUUGCCUUGGCGCUAAUAAUACCGUCCAUGAGAGAUGUUUCUGAAAUUGUUUCAGUGAGAAGUCUGUUACACAUUCAUUUCCAAGCUAAUCAAAUAUGAUUUGUCCUGUAUUCUCAUAGAAAAUUGACUUGUUAACUUUUUACUGUAGAUAGUCAAAAUAUCCUUUGAAUCCUUGCAAUUUAUGUUGUCCAUUUUUAAAAUCUGCAAUCCUAUCACUUCAAGCAUUGAAAUUUUAUUUUAGUUUCUCAAUAACUGAUUCAUGUCAUCAGAUGAAAUUUGUUUUGGAAAUUGUCUGUUUAAAACUGCUUAUAAUUUCAGAACCCAAAAUUUGGGAUAUUCGGAUUGCUCUCAAAAGGACAUUUAUUGCAAAUUGAAAUCAAACCAAUUUCUACAUCUUUAAGUGACUCAGAACAAUCUUCUUACAGGGUUUAUAAGAUGAUAAUUUAUAUAGAACGCGAUAGUUGUACCUGUAACAUUUUUAACAAACUAAAAAACAAAAGUUUACUUCAGAACUGUUUUAUAUUAUAGAUAAAAGAUAGAUUUUAUCUUAAAACCAAAAUGUCGAUUUGACCUUUCUUUUAUUUGCUCUUGUCUCUUCAGUAAAGAUUUUGAAUACUUUCCAAGUGUACACAUGGUCUGUUAGAAUCAAUUUUAAAGUGUGGAAAUGUAUUUCUUUUCACAAUAUUUAUGUAUUUUAUCCUAAGUGUGAAUUUUGCAGUUGUUUUGCAAAGUCUAUUCCUGAGUUAGUUUAUAGAAAUUAUCUUUAUUUUGACACGGUUUUCCCAUAAACUGUUUUAUAAGUGAAUAUGUAUGUGUUAUUGUUGAGUAAUUUUAGAAGUGUGAUUUUGUUUACAGAUGCUAGUCACUAUAUGUCUAAAGGACCUGUGAUGUCCCUAUAGACAAACAUUGGCUUUGCCAAUGUCUUUAUGUUUCUUGUUCUUUUUUACUUUUGUUUGUAUUAAACUUAAACAAUAUCUGACAAAACUGAAA